AUGUCUCUUCUCUCUGUAGCACUUCUUCUUACUUUUGUCUGCUAUGCCUUAGCUGGUCCAGCAAUACUUCCUGGAAUGCGUCCAGGUCAAGUUCCAGUUCUGGCAGCUCCAGAAAUUCCUAGGCCCUAUGAAUAUGGAUAUGAAUUUGGAGAUGGUCAGGGCAUGACUCAACAUCGUCGUGAAGUUGCCGAUGGUACUGGAGUAGUCAAGGGUAAUUACGGAUACCUGGAUCCCAUUGGAGUCUACAGAAGAGUUGAGUAUACUGCUGGAGCCGAUGGGUACAAAGCAGUCAUCCACAGCAAUGAACCAGGACUCUCAAGCCACACUGUUGGAGAUGCUGUCUAUAUAGUGGAACUUCCACCUCCCGCUGCUGUUGCCCAAGGUCUUAGGCCUGCUGCUGUAGCUGUAGCAUCGGCUUAA